AUGACCACGCAACCCAUCUGCGUAUUUGAGGAUGUAUGGACCAAGAAUACGAAACGCAUCCCGCUGCAGAAACCCGCCAGACAACACAUUGAGCUGGCUGAGCUCUUUCUCAAGUUGCUACCACACCUUGGGACGAGCGAGAAGGGUGGAAUAGACGAUGAAGCGCUGGCGUACUCUGAAUGGCGCUACAUCGUGUACCUCCGUUUCCUCGACUACAGCCGAUUGACGCCGAAUGAUCAUCCCAUCGUGAUGCAUGCUUGCCCUACUAAUACUAUCGGAACGGCAGUAAGACUGAUACCCAGUAGGGAUGUUGCCAUGAUCUGGUACUGUCAUCUUAUGAAGCCCUCGCGCUUUCAUGGGCAUUUGUGGGCUGGCAAAACCAGAUUCAACCAAACUUUUGGUCUCAUUCAUCGCCAUUUCCCAAUGAGCAAGAUCCUGUCUAUGGACUGGUCGCCCAAAGAAACGCAACGAGCGUGGCGCAAGUACAAUCAAAUGACUGGAGGCGUAGGCCACGAACUCACGUAUCAACUGUGGACGCACCCGCCAUGGGAGGAUACAAAGAGUAAUCGCCGGCAGUCUGCCUCGGGUAGUCUACUCUCCCGUUUGCUGAAAAGGACUUCGAUUCAUAAUGAUGGGCAGCCAGGUCAGCCGAAUAAGCCCAUUGAGGCUGGUACUCCUUCCUGGGAAAAAAAGGCGUCUCCCUUUGAACGGCAGAUCAAGAUGCAGGUCUGGAAUCGAUGCGCCCUAGGCCCCAGCGUCGAGCUGCCCAGAGCGAUGGAUAUCGCGUCAUACACAGCCUUCCGGACAGGCAAGCGGUAUGAGCGUUGCAAGUUACAAAGCAACCACGAGGAGUUCUCACAACAAUGCGAGCUUUGCCCCUGGCCUUACUUGCAGGAUCUCCGAGAGGACUUGGAGCGAUCGAUCCAGUAUUGGAAAACUUUGGUCCGAGCCCGAGAUGCGAUUCCACGUUUCACCGAGGGGUUGGCCGAGGCCAUCGGGGACUACAGGGACUUCGUGUUGAUCUUCCGCGAGAGUAUUGCCAGGUUCAAGCAGGGCCAUUACGUAUCCAAAUUCGACCCCAAGGUCGUUGACAGGCAUCCUGGAAGCCAACCGUCUGGCCCAUCGAAAGCCCGCUUUGGCAAGCUGAUGCCACCUACCUUGGAGGUCGAUCUACUCUGGCGUACCCAUCGACUGUUCCCUGGGCAGUAUUGGGAUUUCUCCCUGAUCAGAGGCUUUUGGCUGAUCGAGCCAGAGUGCACCACCGGCGCCAAAGGGGGUCGAACGGGAGCCCUUGGAUGUGUUAUUGAAUGGACGCAAUGA